AUGAUGCUGAGUCCCGACCAAGCUGAUUCCGACCUCGGAUGGGGACAAUCCGACGCAGAGUCGGUGCUCAACGACCUCAAGGUCGGGUGCCUGUCCGACGAACCGAUGGAGGGGGAGGGGAAGACGAGGUCGCUGGCCCAACCGACCCUCAGCAGGGAGGAGAAGAGACGGAGGAGACGUGCAACGGCCAAGUACCGCUCGGCCCACGCCACGCGCGAGAGGAUCCGCGUGGAAGCGUUCAAUGUGGCCUUCGCUGAACUGAGAAAGUUGCUGCCAACCCUUCCCCCUGACAAGAAACUCUCCAAGAUCGAGAUCCUUAGACUUGCAAUAUGCUAUAUCUCCUAUCUCAAUCACGUUCUGGAUGUCUAGUUGAAAUGAGUAAGAUACAUUUUCAAAUGGGAGAAUUGGACAAGGAGAAUGGAGGGACCAGAAAGAAAUAUGGGUGACAUCAUGUCACCUAUGAAAUCGGGGAUACAUGAAAGUUGCCAGAAAGUACAAAAAAAUGGGGGAGAGAAGGAGUCUGCAGCCUACAGCCUACUUAUCCAUGAUUUUGAAGAAAAUGCCUGUUUGAUAUUGCGUUUGGUGAGGCUGGGUAACCCAGAUGAACGAAAGAACGGAUGUAAACGGAAUGAUAUAGCUGCUUUAUAGACAUAGCAUAGUUGAUGUUUCCAUAAAGGAGAACAAGUUCAAAUGCAUUAGUGCCACUUAUGACGCAUACAAUUGUGACCUUUAUCAUUGUUAUUUACGUUUAUGGAAUUAUUUAUUUAAAUGUGUUAAUAUUAAGGUUAUCUUAUUUAUUUAUGUUUAUAAUAGACUAACGUCUUUUAUGUAAAUGUCCAUUGUUUGUAUCAUUGUAUACAUGUAUAUUUUAGGCUGUGACGUUGAAAUUCGAAAAUGAUGUUGUUGCUCUUCAAAUGGCACUUUCUGUUUUUGUAUUAUACGUAUUUUUUUUUAUUGAAUUAGUACGUUAAGUGUAAUAUACUUUUAUUAAUGUCUAUUGUCUAUCAGGCAACGAUAAGCACUUAAUCAUGUUGGGUUAAGUAAACUCAUAAACGUCAAAACUUCGUUUAGUUCCCUUAAGUGUGAAGUGGAAGGAAGUUAAUCAAAACUUAACAAUAGACUGAAGCCUACUAAAGAAAAACAUCCACACAAGUUUAAUUCGACUAACUGGAUAUAUCACUUUACAAUUCAGAGGCAAACCUCUUUUGCUGUGACCAAAAAUCAUUUCAAAAUAGUCUGAUUUCUAUUAAAUGUUUUUAUUUCCUUAAA